GCUUUCUGGUCACGUGGGGGCCACGCUGCGGCAGCCAAUUGGCUGCGGCGCGGUGAGGGCGGGGCGCGGCGUUGCCAUGGGGACGGGGCCCGGCUCCCCUGACGGCCUGAGGCGCGGUGGGCCGGUAACAGCGGCGGUGGCGGCAGCUGCGGCAGGGGUGGGCCCGGGGCGCUGCCUGGCGUCUGCGGCGGCCGUUACUGUGUGGCAGACCCCCGCCCAGACUGUUGCUGCAUGAACCUCCCUGUCUCGCCCUGUCUGUGUUCUGCCACUUUAUUUUGGACAGUGAUGCGUGUGUGCUGGCUUGUGGGGAAAGAGAAAUGCAGUCAGCGAAUGAAACUGCCACACUUGGAAGCAGUGGUAAUUGGGCGUGGCCCAGAGACUGGGAUAACAGAUAAGAAGUGUUCACGGCAGCAAGUUCAGUUAAAAGCAGACUGUAACAAGGGGUAUGUCACAGUUAAGCAGAUAGGAGUCAACCCAACUAGUGUUGAUCUUGUGAAUAUUGGCAAAGGUGAAGAGGUGAAAAUGAAGCCAGGCCAAGUUCUGCAUGUUGUGAAUAAACUUUACCCCUACACGGUGCAAUUUGCUGAAGAGUUGGGGAAAACUGUUACAGAAGCAGAAGAGAAGAUACAAACCAACAAGACGCCAUGUGAGGACUCCAGUGAGAAUGACGAUGUAGAGCUUGUGCCCAGGAAAACAAUGAAGAUGGAGGUGGCAGAUAGACAAGGCAGUUCUGCAAAUCCCAAGCUAAGCAAUAUCAGCAUAUCUCCACACGGAGGAACUUCAAGCAAAAAGGAACAUUUAGGACACUGGAGUCAGGGUCUAAAGAGCUCCAUGCAAGAUCCAAAAAUGCAGGUUUACAAAGAUGAAAAGACUGUAGUCAUCAAGGAUAAAUAUCCUAAAGCACGUUACCACUGGCUUGUCUUACCAUGGGACCCCAUUUCAAGCCUGAAGUCACUCACCAGGGACCAUCUUGAACUCCUGGAACACAUGCACGCAGUUGGGCAAAAAAUGACUGAACAGUGCCCUGACAGAGAGAGUCUGGAGUUCAGACUGGGUUACCAUGCUAUCCCCAGUAUGAGUCAGCUACAUUUGCACGUAAUCAGCCAGGAUUUUGAUUCUCCGGCCCUGAAAACCAAAAAGCACUGGAACUCUUUUACUACAGACUACUUCUUAAACUCUGAAGAUGUGAUAGAAAUGGUAAGAAGCAAGGGAAAAGUGAUGGUGAAAGAUCAUGUCUCCGAACUUCUCACGUUGCCCCUCAGGUGCCAUCGCUGCAAACAGCAGCUGUCCACUAUCCCACAGUUAAAGGAACAUCUCAGGAGACACUGGCCAAAAUGACUUUGCAAAAAAUCAUCUGACAACCUGUCUUCAGAUUUCAGGCUAAAACAAAGACCUUGAAAUGUUAGUGGACAUGGAGGUUUUUUUGUUAACUGGAAUGACAAAUGUAAUGUGGCAAAAAGAAGUGUAUUAACUUUGUAAUAGGUUAGACAAAAAAACACCCACAAACCCACAACAAAAUAAAGUGACUUGUGAAAUUGAA